AUGCGUCUGCGGCUUCAGGGUUUUUCCUCUACAGCAAGGGUUUUCGUGGACCGCAAUACCAAGGUUAUCUGCCAGGGUCUAACCGGCCACCAGGGCAGCUUCCACAGUGAGCAGGCGCUGUUAUAUGGCACGCAACUCGUUGGCGGUGUCAAUCCGACCAAAGGAGGAACCACCUGGAGCAGCUCUGAUGGAAACUUCAAGUUGCCAGUGUUCAAGUCUGUGAAAGAGGCAAAGGAGGCAACGGGCUGCCAUGCUUCUGUGAUCUUCGUGCCCCCCCCAUUCGCCGCUUCUGCGAUUCUUGAUUGCGUCGAGGCUGGCUUGGAUUUGGCAGUUUGUAUCACUGAGGGCAUUCCCCAGCACGACAUGGCCAUGGUCAAGAAACGGCUUAGCCAGCAGAGCACCACGCGCCUCAUCGGACCCAACUGCCCAGGCAUAAUCAAACCAGGCGAAUGCAAAAUUGGCAUUAUGCCCGGCUACAUACAUCAAAAGGGAUGCAUCGGAAUAGUUAGCCGGAGUGGUACGCUUACAUAUGAGGCGGUUAACCAGACAACGGAGGUUGGCUUGGGCCAGUCCACAUGUGUGGGUAUCGGCGGAGAUCCCUUCAAUGGCACUAACUUCAUCGACUGCCUGGAGAAAUUCGUCGCAGAUCCUGAAACAAAAGGCAUUGUAAUGAUUGGUGAAAUAGGAGGAUCCGCCGAGGAGGAAGCUGCCGAGUGGCUGAAAAAGCACAACUGUGGAAAGCCUGUGGUCUCGUUCAUUGCGGGAGGAAGUGCCCCUCCUGGCAGGAGGAUGGGUCAUGCGGGUGCAAUUGUCAGCGGCGGUAAAGGUACUGCUGCUGGGAAGGUUGCGGCCCUGCAAGACGCAGGCGUUGUGGUGGUAGAAAAUCCAGCUAAGAUCGGGGAGGCUAUGCUGGAGGCCAUGAGGGAAAAGGGCCUUGCAUAA